UGAGAAAGCAUACACUGCUCAUUUCCGAUGUAUCUGGCCGAGGGCAUGCAGGCUUAGUGGAAGUCAGCUGACCACAGACCUGGACAUCUUAGUGCAGCUUCCCACAGCCUCAGAGCCCUGCAGCUGUUUGCUCCACCUCCACAGGUGGAUUGAUCUGAAGUCAUAGAAGGCAUCCAGCCUCCACUCAGUGACGUCAGUCCUUUUCCUAGACAAGAGGAGGGUGGGGUUCAGUAACUCUGGAGUUCUCAUGCUAGCUCUGCCCAGGCCUGGUGCCGUGACCUCGCCACCAUGCAAGACACUGAUGAAGAGUGAAGGGAACACUGACCACUGAAUCAGGGGAGAAGACAAGCGCUGGGCAGCCGGACCUGCACUGCUUUCCACUGAUACUACUGGCGCAGCCUCUGCUACUGCUCUCGUUUGCUCAGGACUCUUCGUAACAUGGGCUGCAUGAAAUCAAAGCAAACUUCCCCAUUUCCUACCAACUUUGAGAUGGAGAGGCAGUGUGGGAGUGAAGAAAGGUUUAUGCCAGAAGACAGGUUAUGUAGAUUGUCUUCUCCAUGUAACGCCCAAGGGGACAUGAAGGCAGAGCCUAGGGUCACCGAGUAUGCAGACUGCCUGUCCCGGGAGAUCCUGCGUGAUGCCUUGCAGCAGUGGGCACGCAACAGCAUCAAGUACCAGGACAUCCCCUACAUUGAGAGUGAGGGCCCUUGACCCUGCAUGCAGGGUGUCGCACGUUGCUCAACUGUGGGUUGAGCCGGUGCUAGUAUAAAUACAUGAACCAAAAGCAAAACUAAGUGCAUGUGAAAACGUGUGUGGUCAUGUCACUAGUGCAGGAACACCUCAGGAGGUGUGUGGCAAGCAGCUCUGCUUGCUCCUGGGUCUGGUAAUGGAAGGGCUGAAUGGGGGACCUAUAGCACCCAGCACUCAGGUGUAUGUCACACCACCUUCAUCCAACGCGGUAAUGGCAUCACCAAAGAAAACACUGAGGAAUAAAAAGCCGUAAAUUCAAAAAAUUAACAGAAAAUUAAUUUAAUGUCUACCAAAAAAAAUUCCCAGACAGGAAGUGUUUUUUUUCUCAAAAUGCCUUGGCAAGAGAAAGGAACUCACACCAAAGUGACCAGCAGUGAGUUUUGUCUGUCAAAGCCACAGGGUGAGAAAGCCGUAUGUCCAGAAGAGGUUCCACCUGGAACCUCAGUGCCCUAACGAGCUACAGCUGACUUUGCAUCUAGUCAAACCUUGGAUUGCGAGUAACUUUGCUUUAUGAGUGUUCUGAAAGAUGAGCAAAACAUUUCUAAGCAAUUUUAACUUGAUGAGUAGUACAUCAUGCGGAAUGUCACAUGAUCACAACCGGUUCUCUCCCUCACUGCUUUGAUAUACAAAUGCUUUGGUUUACGGGUGGAAUGAAUUCUCACAAACCAAGGUUUUACUGUACAGCCAUCUUAAGAUACAAUUAAGAAACCAUGAACUUAAUUGCUUUUUAGGAAAAUAAAAAGUCAGUAAAUCUUAAAAGUAGCAGAAGCCUCGCCUGCAAGGUAGAAAACGGAAGCUAGUGUUAACAUGAAUUGGAUCGGACACUUUCCUGGCUGAGAUGCUGCUGCUGGUCAGGGGCCACUUGUUCCCAGGUUAUUUACUAACCGUGGGGCAGUCACUUUCUAGGUCAUAGGUGAGCACUUCCAGUCGCAUCACACAAGGCAGAAUGCUUCUCCAGGGGGAAUCCACGUGUAUUGCUUUUAGGUGUAGCACAUGCCUGUAGGGCAUUUUUUUCCUAUAUCCUAUAUCUUCAUAAAUUAAGCUUUUUAAAACUGUCACAGUAUACUUUUAAAAAGGAUUAAAUAGUAUUUGUAGUUCAAAGAUAAAAACAGGAUUAAGUCUCUAGGUUAGAAUCAUCUUUUUUGUCAAGAUUUGCUACACAGUGAGCUUGAUUGGAAACUAAGCCCAUAUGUGUUAGAUCCUUUUAUUAAGAUAUAAUACACCAGUGUUACUGAAAUCUUAAAGUAGAAGGCGGCUUCUGGCCCUGUAAGCAACAGAAAAACUACCUCUACUUUUACCAAUACUUUGAAACCCACAAUGAAAAGAUAAAAUGAGGGGUGUAUGGCACCUUUCGGUUGCUUUUGGACACCUAAUCGUUCAGCCUGAAUUUCACCUCGCCCCACGAUUUACACUGUUCCACUGUAUUUGCAGCCUGUAUAAGAAGAGAACCCCUCCUGUUCAUACAAGGGUCUGAAGUCAUUAGGCUAAGGGCAGAAAGUUUCCUAAAGUACUAAACAUUUACAACUCAUAAAGUGUUUAUACUAAGGACUCAGACAAAAGCCUAGAUGAUUUUCACUCAUUUUCCACCUCAACUCAAGAUACUUUUGCUGCAAGGUCAUUUGCCAUUUAAAGAUAAGUAUAUAAAAUAAUAUAUACUAUAGUGAGAACAUAAAGCAACACAUCACAAAUUUUCCAGAAUAAACAGAAAUAUGACUAGUGUGUUCUGGUUCCAUCUAAGUAGUUUAACUUUAGAAUCCUGUGCCCUGUUGCCCCCAUUUCCGAAAGAAGUAUGAGCCUGUCCCAUCCAUAUCUAGCAGUUUUAUGACCAAGCAGCAACCCUGAACAAGGAACCAUAAGGCGUACAUAAUUGGUGAGCCAAUGGAUAAACCAUGUGGGGGAAGAAUAAGUAAAAUUACGCUACACGUGACAAUUAUGAGGGUACAGUUUGGCCUCAGUGACAAUGACAACGUCUUUGAUAACUUUCAGGAAAAGGUAGAACAAAAGAAGCCCUAUAAAAUGGGAUGCUGCAAGAGCCACUGACACUGGAAAGGGAAAGUCCUGCUGCACUAAGGUCAGGACAGGAGCCUCUCCUGGUACAGGAAGUACAACUGGAGCUGAGAAAGCCCACUGACGGAAAUAAACGAGCUGCUCCAGAUGUCAGAGACCCCACCAGCCCCACCAGCCAGCUUCCCACUGCCACCCCCCAGUGGCCUCUCCCGCGCUGCUGCCUUUCAGUUCCAGGCCCCUGGUCCUGGGAUUCUCCACUUUUUGUUGCCUUAUUGGUUUGCAAACCACCUCUGGCUAUUAGCACAAUUUUGAAGGAGACAAAAAUUAUUAUCAUUUUAGUCCCAAAAGAAUUUGUGUCAAACUUAGCAUUAAAAAAUCAACACUGAAAUAGCAUGGUACUCACCUCCUACCAAGUAGGAUUGGCACUUCAUGAGGUGAUGUGGAAGUUUACUCUUGUAUUGCAAAGUUUCAGAAAUCACAAGGUAAGAGACACAUAAUGUCAGAAAACAGUAGUUUAAAAGCAAAGUUCUGAAAAAAUAUAUGGUUCAAUCAAAAUGCCCUCGCCCUCAGUCUGUAAUGACCAAGCAAGCCCUGUGAGCACUGCUCAGGAGUGUCGCCUGUGUCUUAAUUUACAAAACUCAGCUUCUGUUAGCAAAUCCCCUUGCCUGUAACAGCUAGCUGUCAAGUGUUAUAUUUUUCCAAAUACUGUUGAGUACAUUUUUGUAAAUGUACAAUAAAUUCCAGUUGUAAUUA